AGUAGCAGCCACGGUGUGGUGACACUUGUCGUCCCGUGACUCCCGGUUAACGUCAGCUCGGGUCGGCCCGGUGUCGGGGUUGUUUUUCUUUUUUGGGGGGGGGGCUGGUGUUGCUACGGUUACCUUCCAACUGGAGCAGUGAGUAAAGGAAUAUUAUCAUGGCGGCCACAGAUCCCCGGUCCUCGAGUGACGGUGGGCCGGCCAGCAGAGGAGGAUUCCCGGCGGGGGAGAGCAGCAACGACCGGGACGGGCCGAGCGGCGGCGGCGGAGGAACCGGAGAAGGAGAACGGGACCGGGCCACCUUUGAAUGCAACAUCUGUUUGGACACUGCCAGGGACGCUGUCAUCAGCAUGUGCGGCCACUUAUUCUGCUGGCCCUGUCUUCAUCAAUGGUUGGAGACGCGGCCCAGCAGACAGCAGUGUCCGGUGUGUAAAGCCGGCAUCAGCAGAGAGAAAGUCAUCCCGCUGUAUGGCAGAGGGAGCUCCAGCCAAGAGGACCCCAGGUUGAAAACUCCACCUCGGCCUCAGGGGCAGAGAACAGAGCCAGAGAGUCGAGGCGGGAUGUUCCAGGGGUUCGGCGACACCGGCUUUCACAUGUCUUUCGGCAUCGGGGCUUUCCCCUUCGGCUUCUUCACUACAGUCUUCAACACCAACGACCCUUUUCACAGAGCAGACCAGUAUGCAGGUGAUCACCAAGGCAACGGUAACCUCAACAACGGCAACAACAACUGGCAAGACUCCCUCUUCCUGUUCGUGGCCAUCUUCUUCUUCUUCUGGCUGCUGAGCGUGUGACAGGGCAGCGAGGAGAGGGGACGACAGCACGAGAGAUGUCAAUGCAUGGAAAAGACGAGGGGGGGGGGGGGUCGACGACCGAGAGGGGAGGAGCGCAAAUUUAAAGAUAUAAGAAAAAAAGAAGAAAAAAAAAAACCCUCACUCACACACACACACUCUUAACUUGAGCCACAGACACACACUCAUGUUACAUUUCCUAGCAGGUACUAACUUUGGGAGAGUGGAGCGUUAUUAAUCCCCACAAAAACAAGAAUUUACAGGAAUUUGGCAAAAUUCACCUUUAUAGGAU